AUGAAACAGUUGACUUUUUCUACAGUCUUAGUAUUCCUGUCUUUUGCUCAUACUGCUUUGCAGACGCUCGACAAUGAAAUAUUUUUAAUAUACAAUGAAGAUACCGAGCUGUGUUUAAUUGCCCAGAGUUCUCAUGCAGUCACAACAGCUGCUUGCAAGAAAAACACUGAGUUACAAAAAUUCAGGUGGGUGUCUGAUGACCAGGUGAUGAGCGUGGCAUUUGCACUGUGUUUGGGUGUGCCUUUCAAGAAAAAUCAGGCUAAAAUUUCUCUAUACCCAUGCAACAAGAAAAGUGAAUUCCAGAAAUGGGAGUGCAGAAAUGCGACCUUGGCAAUCCAAGGGGAAGAUUUAUUUCUCAGUGCUGGUGAAAGAAAAGAAGACAAUAUUGUGCUGAACACAGGAUCGGCGACAAUGAGUAAAUGGAAGAUCUACGGAACCAUGGAUGGUUUGUGUUCUCAAGGCCAUGAAGAUCUGUUUACACUGUUAGGAAAUGCCAACGGAGCUCCAUGUGCCUUCCCCUUCCAGCUGAGUGGUACAUGGUACGCUGGGUGCACGGCUGCUGGCAGGUCAGACGGCUUGCUCUGGUGUGCAACAACUCCCGACUUCGAUAAGGACCAUUUGUAUGGGAUCUGUCCAACUGGCAACAAUGACAGAUUUUGGAGCACAGAUCCUUUGACAGGCACCUACUACCAGAUAAAUUACCAGUCAGCUCUCACGUGGCACCAAGCAAGGAAGAGCUGCCAGCAGCAGAACGCAGAAUUAUUAAGUAUCACAGAGAUACAUGAACAAAAGUAUCUAGAAGAUUUGAUUGGCAGCAAGACAUCCUCUCUCUGGAUUGGGCUUAACAGUCUGAAUCUCAAAAGCGGCUGGCACUGGAGCGGUGGCAUUCCCUUCAGAUACUUCAACUGGGCACCAGGAAACCCUGAGCCUGAGCCUGAGAAACUCUGUGCAGUACUAAAUCCUAGAAGAGAUGCUAAAUGGGAAAACCAGCCAUGUAAGCUGAGACUUGGCUAUAUCUGUAAAAAGGAAAACUCCACACUGGAUCCUUUCAUUCUUCCAUCAAGGAAUACAGAGCCUGUUAAAUGCCCAGAAGAAUGGCUGCCCUAUGGAGAUCACUGUUUCAUGGUUCAGAGAGACCCCAGAGAGUGGAAAGAAGCCCUGCUUUCUUGCAACGAGAGCAACAGCAAUCUGGCCAGUAUUCACAACUCUGAAGAGCAUGGCUUCAUACUGUCUCAGCUUGGCUACAAAGCUGUAGAUGAGCUGUGGAUUGGUCUGAAUGACCUCAACACUCAAAUGUACUUUGAGUGGAGUGAUGGAACUCCUGUGACAUACACCAGAUGGUUGCCUGGAGAACCAACCCAUGCAGUCAAUGGGCAAGAAGAUUGUGUCAUUAUGGCAGGAGAGGAUGGAUACUGGGCAGACAGUGCCUGUGAUAGAAAGUUAGGUUACAUCUGCAGAAGAGACCCACUACAAGGAGUUUCUGUGACAGCAAAGACUGAUUCUGCCUGCCUGAAGGGCUGGGAAAGACAUGGUUUUUACUGCUACCUGGUUGGACGUACCUCUGUAACAUUUUUAGAAGCAAAGAAAACCUGCGAAAGGAGCAGUGGUUAUUUAACGAGUAUAGUAGACAGAUAUGAGCAAGCCUACCUGACCAGCCUCAUUGGUCUGAGCUCUGAGAAUUACUUUUGGAUUGGUCUCUCAGACACAGAAGAGCAAGGGAUGUUCAAGUGGGUGACUGGUGAAGGUGUUCUGUACACAAACUGGAAUGCAGCAAUGCCUGGAAACGAUGCCGGUUGUGUUGCCCUAAGGACUGGAAAUGCAGCUGGACUAUGGGAUGUUCAGAACUGUGAAGUAAAGGCAAAAUUUCUCUGCAAAAAAAAAGCUGAAAAAAUCACUCUUCCUCUGGCUUCUCAAACCAUUUCUGAUUCCAAAUGUCCCUUGGGUUGGGAUACAAGCAAUAGCAUUAAUUCGUGUUUCAGAGUUUUCAUGAGAGAAGAAAAGCAAAAGAAAACAUGGUUUGAAGCCCGAGAUCUUUGCAGAGAAAUAGGAGGAGAUCUGGCUGCCAUUAGAAGUGAAGAAGAGCAAACAGUGAUAGAAAACUUAAUAAUAAAAAAACCACCAUCAUCUCAGCCUUUCUGGAUAGGUUUGCAGUGUUUGGAUCCUGAUGCUGGGCUUUCCUGGAGUGAUGGAUCACCGGUGGAUUAUAAGAAGUAUGAUUAUAUUGACAAUAUUGCAUUUGAAUAUUGUGGAGCAAUCAGAGAAGAGUCUUCCAUAUCAUGGAUUAUGGUGCCCUGUGAAAGCAGUCAUAACUGGAUUUGUAAAAUAAAGAAAG